CAAGAUGGCGGCGUGCAUAGUUGAAACAUGCCAUGUAGCUUGCUGUCCAAACAGGACCCCAAAUGUUGUUUCUUGGGGUCGUGGGGGGACCAUUGCUUUCGGGACUUGCAACUCGGUGGCUCUGUACGACCCACAGGAGAGAGGAGUCGUGGCUGUGCUGAGUGGACAUACAGGCAGGGUGAAUGCAGUCCAGUGGGUUCACAGAAAGGACAACGCUCCUGAGUGUCAUCUUGUUUCGGGAAGCUCAGACAAUCUGCUCAUCCUCUGGGGAGCUCGAGAUGGGAAGUUCAUCAAGUCAGUGGAGUGCAAGGGCCAUACGGGUUCUGUCUGUGCUGUGGACGCUCUCUACGUGGAGGACACACAGAUUCUGGUGGCCUCUUCUGCAUCAGACUCCACAGUUAGACUCUGGCUCUGCGACGACAACAAAGAAGCUGAGUGCCUCCAUAGCGUGUCAUUUGGCAGCGGUUUCAUGAUGGAUGUGUCUCUGGCACUGUUGCCAGGAACCAGAGUUCCCAUCCUGGCCUGCGGAGGCGACGACUCUUUGGUGCAUUUGUAUGUGCAGGCCAACGGACAGCUGCAGAAAGCCAUGUCGCUUCAAGGACACGAAGACUGGGUUCGUGGUGUGGAAUGGGCAUCUACAAAUCAUUCAGAUGGGGAGCUGUUAUUAGCCAGCUGUUCACAGGACUCUCUCAUCAGAGUAUGGAGGCUGCGUGCCAAGUCUGGCAGAGACGGCCACGGCGAGGACGAUCGCGCCGUCAUCAGAAUGAAGGAGGACGUUUUUGAAGUGAGGGAGAGAGACGUAGCCUCAGCGUUUGCUGCAUCCCUUGAAACGGUGCUUGCGGGACAUGAGAACUGGGUCUACGGAGUCCACUGGCAGCCUCCUUUCUACAAAGACGGAGAGCUGCAACAGCCUCUCAGUCUGCUGUCUGCGUCUAUGGACAAAACGAUAAUCCUCUGGGCUCCUGAGGAGGGAUCUGGUGUUUGGGUGGAGCAGGUGCGGGUCGGAGAGGUGGGCGGAAACACUCUGGGUUUCUACGGCUGCCAGAUGAGUCCGGAUGGUUCUAUGAUUGUGGCUCACGCUUUUCAUGGAGCACUCCAUCUCUGGUGCAAGGACCGAGAUAAAGAGGGUGAGUGGCGGCCAGGAGUUGUGAUAUCUGGUCACUUCAAUGCCGUCCAAGACCUGAGCUGGGAUCCCGAGGGCGAGUUCAUCCUCAGUGUUGCUUCGGACCAAACCACCAAACUGUUCACGACAUGGAGGAAGGAAGACAGCAAACAGGCGACCUGGCACGAGAUUUCAAGGCCGCAGAUCCACGGAUACGACAUGCAGUGUCUGGCCAUGGUGGGGCGCUUUCAGUUCGUGACGGGAGCUGAUGAGAAGGUCCUGAGGGUGUUUCAAGCGCCUCGCAAUUUCGUCGAAAACUUUGCCAACAUCUCCGGGACCUCAACAGAGAAGCUGCUGACGUCCAGCGACUCUGACAACCUGCCAGAAGGAGCCAGCACACCUGCCUUGGGUCUAUCCAACAAAGCUGUGUUUCAAGGGGACCUUGUCCGAAAAACCAAUGAAGAAAAUGAACAGUUCAACAGGAUAUCGGACCAGUACCAGGAGUCUCACUUCCACCCACUCAAGCUGACCGAGCCACCAACAGAGGAUCAUCUUCUUCAGAACACACUUUGGCCGGAAGUCCAAAAACUGUAUGGCCAUGGCUUCGAGAUAUACUGCCUUGCGUCUGACAGGACCGGAACGGUGGUGGCAUCUGCAUGCAAGGCAUCUAAAGCGGAGCAUGCAGCAGUGGUGCUGUGGAGUACGACCGCCUGGCGUCAGCUGCAGAUGUUGCCGUAUCACACCCUCACAGUCACCCAGAUGGCAUUCUCACCUGACGCACAGCUCUUAUUGGCUGUCUCCCGAGAUCGCACGUGGUCUCUGUGGCGACGGAAUCAGCCCACACCGCAGAACCCAGAGUCCUUGUUCUCGCUGCACGCACACACGGGGAAGAACACGGCCGUCCACAGUCGAAUCAUCUGGUCAUGUGACUGGAGCCCCGACAGCAAAUACUUUGUGACAUCCAGUCGGGACAAGAGGGUGAUUGUGUGGGGCCCGUGCAGCCUGGAGAGCCCUGAAGAGCCGGUGCUUCCUCCAGUGAUUAAACCUUGUUCCUCGAUCUUGGACGUGGGCGACUCUGCUACCGCGGUAGCUUUCUGCCCCCAACUCUGCUCGGAUGAGAGCUUCCUGCUGGCCGUGGGCCUGGAAAGCGGCCGGAUCCUGCUGUACAAGUGGAGCCCUGGCCAGGACGCCGCCGGAGGAGGAGACUGGAUCAGCUGCGCACAGACGGACACCUCACAAAGCCACACUUUGGCAGUUAAGCGGCUGCGCUGGAGGCCGAGGGCCGGCCGGGCCGGUCGAGACGAGGAGGAUGGACCAAGUGACGGAGAGAGUCGGCUGAAGGAAGAGAGCUGCUGGGUCCAGCUCGCCAGUGCCAGCGUCGACCACUCUGUCAAAAUCUUCAACAUCAACAAACGGGCUCUUUAGCACCCCCAACACUGACACUAAUAUGUCUCUCGAGACACUUGGACAGAGGGCCAGGGGCCUGCACGGGGCACCCGGGCCACAGUUGCUUUGCUUACCAGCCGUUCGGCCCCUGUGACAGCCAGCUACGUCACAGUUCAGCCACGGGACAACCGCGCGGUGGACGAGCCCUGCAGUCUGUCUGCACAGAUUUGAUGGGUGGAAGCACACAGCCAACACACCGUCACCUCCGGGCAGGACUCCUCCAGGAGGCUUCAGAGUAUUUUAGAUUCAGAGAGGAAUAGUUAUCUCAGUAUCUCCAGCGUCUGCAGACAGGUGAACUAGUAAACACACUGCAAAAACUCAAAAUCUUAUCAGGAAUAUUUGUCUCAUUUCUAGUUAAAAUGUCUCAUUUUUAGUCAAAAAAAUCUCA